UAUCAUCACUGUAAUUUCAUCUUCUUCCACGCAACUACAACGACGAAAGAAAAAAAAAAAAAGGAAAAACCCUUUCUCUUUUCUCUUUGCGUUCUUCUCCCAGGUUCUGUCUCCUUCAAAUUCUUCACCUCUCACUUUAUUUUCCCCAAAUUCCAUUGCUUUACUCGAUUCCUACCUUACCGUUUCGUUAUCUACUCGUUCCACCUUCUCGGCUCAGUUCAAGGCCAUUGUCGAUGUCAUAACCAUUUUGGUAAUUUGGGCAUGGACUGGCUGUUUAUGCUUACUAUCAGUGUCAGUAAACAAUGUUUAGCAGGCCAAGGGGUGCCAGUGCAUUUAGUAUAUUCAAAUGGAAACAACCAGGUGCAUCAUCUCUGACAGCAGGUUUACUUCACGAAGAUCAGCCAGAGAUUGAAUUGUCUGAUUAUGGAAAGGUUCCUAGUCCGGGCAGCGAGAGCCCUUCAGGGCUUCUUAAUGGUGACAGCCUAAAUGUAGAACCAAUCUCCGAUUUGGAUCUCUUCUUUGAAAGGCUUUACAGCUAUUACUGUGAGAAAGGGCUUUGGUGCAUCAUUAUAAAAUGGAUUGUUGAGCUUCUAAGUCUAGGGUUCACCAUAUGUUUUUCAGGAUUUUUAUUACAUGUUGAUUGGAAUGGACUCCGUAAUGCAAAGUGUGGGAUGGAUGCAGUUGAAUCUGGAAUUAAGCCCUGUGAUCUUGCUAAAGAAGCUCUUCAUCAACACCCCUUAACCCCACUAACAAUUACCAAAGCUAUUAUUGUUGGAUACUUAGGAUUAUUCUCUAUCUAUUGGAUUUUUUGCUUCUUGAGAUUCUUUGCACAACUAAAGGAUACUCUUGAAAUCCGGCAUUUUUACCACAAUAGUCUCCAUGUCACUGACAAUGAAAUUCAAACCAUGCCAUGGGCUACAAUUCUUGAAAAAGUUGUUCUGCUACAAAGGUCUCAGCAACUUUGUGUGGUAAAAGAUCUUUCUGCCCAUGACAUUGUCAUGCGGUUGAUGCGGAAGGAAAACUACUUAAUUGGAAUGCUCAACAAGGGUGUGCUAGCUUUCCCUAUUUCACCGUGGUUUCCAGGUGCUGGUCCUACAAUGACAUCUGGUUCUAGUGGAACACAGAAUCGUGUAAUACUAACCAAGACCCUUGAGUGGACUUUGAAUUGGUGCAUCCUGCAGAGCAUGUUUGAUCGAAACUUUUGUGUCAGAAGGGAUUUUGUGUCAAAUCCGAAGACAUUACAAAGAAGGCUCAUGGUUGUUGGGUUUGCAAUGCUUUUACUCUCUCCAUUUCUUGUCAUAUUCAUGCUGGUGUAUCUCUUUCUGAGACAUGCUGAGCAAUUUUAUAAUCACCCUAGCACCGCAUCAUCUCGAAGAUGGUCAAAUCUGUCUAGGUGGAUCUUUAGGGAAUUCAAUGAGGUGGACCAUCUCUUCAGGCACCGGAUUAAUAGUAGUGUAUUACACGCAUCUGAUUAUCUCAAGCAAUUUCCUGCACCAAUCAUAUCUAUCAUUGCAAAAUUCAUCUCUUUUGUAUCGGGUGGCUUUGCUGCAGUUCUGAUCAUCAUUGCUUUUCUUGAGGAGUCUCUUCUAGAGGGCCAUAUAUUUGGUCGGAACUUGUUUUGGUAUGCUGCUGUUUUUGGAACUAUAACUGCCAUUAGCCGGGCUGCAAUCACGAGUGAGCUUCUGGUUUUAGAUGCUGAAGGAGCUAUGUCUAUGGUUGUCCAACAUACUCAUUAUCUGCCAAAGAGAUGGCGUGGCAAAGAAAGUACUGAAUCAGUCCGUGUUGAGUUUGCAACCUUAUUUCAGUAUACUGGAAUGAUGUUACUUGAGGAGAUGGCCUCAAUUUUCCUCACUCCAUACUUGCUUCUGUUUAUUGUCCCAAAGCGGGUUGAUGACAUCUUGCUUUUCAUUGCUGAUUUCACUGUAAAUGUUGAAGGUGUUGGUCAUGUUUGCAGUUUUAGCACCUUUGAUUUUCAAGAACAUGGAAACAGUCAUUAUGGUUCCCCUUGCAAUGCACCUCGUAGCCGGAGGAGUUCUCAAGGGAAGAUGGAGAAAUCAUUGCUGAGCUUUCAGAGUAGUUAUCCAUCAUGGGAACCAAGCGCACAGGGUAAACAGUUUUUGCUAAAUCUUAAAAAAUUCAGAGAGGAAAAGUUACCAGUGCACGGAAACAUACAUGCAGCUUCCCCUCCUAGAAUGUGGAGGGGUAUUUCCAACACAGGAAGCAAUAUUGGAGACAGAAACAGGUUUAUGUCCAGGGAAAUGCCAUACAGUACUUUUUUAACUGCCAAUCACUUGGGUUCUCUGUGGGUGAUGGAAGCCAACCAACACAGUCAUCCCUAUCUCCUUGAUUGGUACUAUACAUCUCGAUCUUCUGACGUAAAUCAAAGAGAAGAUCCUUCAGAAGCGUUUGGAAUAAUAGAGCAUGAUUCUAGAGAGCAUUGGAUUCCCUCCAAUAUGACACAAAAUGAAAGUGGAUAUGAGGAAUACUCAAAUGAGAAUCGUCGAGGUUGGGCUCAAUCUCAUCUUGUGACUUCCACAUCCGUUCCCAUUUUCAGGGAAAGCUCAAUUCAGGAUCAGAGUUAUAAUGAACUGACCCCUAGUAGCAGGAGCCAUUGGUGGGCAAGAAGUCACGCGCAGCAGGGUGGACAGAAUCAGACAAGCUUUUUUGAGCCUCCAGAUUUCAAUGAGGAAAGAUAUAAUUAUUAUGAUAAGUUUUCUGAUAGAGGGUCAGAGGAAGAAGAUCGUGAACAACGCUUGUACUCUAGAGAUAGUCACAGAUUAUCUAGAACAUACACAGAUGACUUGGGGGCUGGGGAAAUAAAUCUUCAUUUUGAUGAUAUUUAUAGCAGACCUCCAGAAACCCCACCUGCAAGCUUUUGAGUGACAGCUCUGUUCCUCGUUAUUUGUUUAAGAGGUUCUUGUCGUUGUCAACAGCAUUUGCAUGCAUGGAUUUCCAAGUCUAUUCUUUGCUGUAAAUAGAUUCAUUGGAAUGAGGUUGGACUGUUAAAAGAGCCUCAGUUGAUGUUUUGGAAGCUCUCUAGAUUACCUAAAAGGCUUCUGGGGAUCCUUCCUUGCUAGGUGUAGGGUUCACAAAAUCAUCAAAAAAUCAUUAAUUAUGUCCAGUAUCCAAAUAAUUCUUUCACCCAAUUCUCGUUUUUCAAAAA